AUGGACCCCGGGUUCGACGACGUCCACGAGGUCGUCGACUGGAUGUCGUCGAUGGUCGACCGCGGGGGCCGCCGGAACCAAGAGAGCACCCGCCUGUUCCUGGCGCGGCGCACGGCGCUGGAGAUGCUGCGCGACCGCGGCUACAGCGUGCCGGAGUCCGAGCUCGCCCGUACGCUCCCGGAAUUCCGCGCUUGGUGGGAAAAGGAUCCCGACUUCGAGCGCCUCGCCUUUGCCACCGCCCGUGCCUCGGACCACUCCGACAAGGUGCAAAUUCGAUUCUGCCCACAGGAGCCUGUCAGAAUUGCAACUAUCCAGGAGAUAUAUGACCAGAUCGAAGGAGAGAACUUGUCUAGACUUAUUCUGAUAUCGAAAGGAAAAAUAAUGCCUAGAGCUAAAGAGUCUAUGAAGGAGAAAUUCACAUUUAAAGUAGAUAGUUUUCUGGUCAGAGAACUACUGGUUAACAUUACUAAGCAUGUCCUAAAGCCCAAGCAUGAAGUGUUGUCUGCAGAAGAAAAGGCCAAUCUCCUGAAGAAGUACAAGGUGGAGGAUUCACAGCUCCCUCGCAUGGACGCGACUGAUGCUGUUGCUCGCUACUAUGGCCUUGACAAGGGAACUGUACUUAAGGUUACAUAUGAUGGUGAGAUUACAGGAAAUCAUGUGACAUACCGAUGUAUUUUCUGAGGGCUGCAUGUGUCUCCAUGGAUGAAAACUGUAGCCAGCUGUUUAUAAAAUCGUGGUCUUACUAUGUUGUCCGGUGUUCAGUGGCUCGUUACCACAAGGAGGUGUUCGGAGGUGUUACAUAGAAGAAUGGUCUACUGGAACUGAAGCAGUCUCCGUUUACGGAUUCCAUUCUGUUUUGCAAACUAGAGCUAGCAUAGGUGUUACAAAUCAGAUGUCAAAACCCCGAGUGAACUCAAGAACCAAGAAAGAAAACUGUCAAAUAAUCUUUGUGCUGCUAACUGUGCCUUGGUCUGCUUGUCUUGGGUGAAAUUUCGUCUUUGCCUGCCUCCGCCUUUCUCUUGCGGGCGCUGCUGCUAUCUCCGCUGCUGUUGUCUGUGGUGUCGCUGCUGUUAUUUGUGGGGUUACUGAUGGUAUCGGUGCCGCUGCUGUUGUUUGUGGGGUUACUGCUGGUGUUGCUAUCGCUGUUGCUUAGGAGGUCGUCUUCUUCCUCCUGGUGGUAGUGCUCCUUGCACCUGCUCUUCAUUAUGUGGGGCUUCAGCUUGCUCAUGUCUGAUAGCCGUACUGGUUUCAGGAAAAACUCGUUUGCCCCUUCCUCCAGGCACCUGAUUCAGAAUAUGAAUAAAUGUAUCAGAGUCCAUUCUAAGGUCAU